UCAUGUGAUUCAGGUGAUCCAAUCCCCUCCAUAUCAUGUGAUUCAGGCGUUCCAAUCCCCUCCAUAUCAUGUGAUUCAGGUGUUCCAAUCCCCUCCAUAUCAUGUGAUUCGGGUGUUCCAAUCCCCUCCACAUCAUGUGAUUUGGGUGUCCCAAUCCCCUCCACAUCAUGUGAUUCGGGUGUCCCAAUCCCCUCCACAUCAUGUGAUUCGGGUGUUCCAAUCCCCUCCAUAUCAUGUGAUUCGGUUGUUCCAAUCCCCUCCAUAUCAUGUGAUUCGGGCGUUCCAAUCCCCUCCAUAUCAUGUGAUUCAGGUGUUCCAAUCCCUUCCAUAUCAUGUGAUUCAGAUGUUCCAAUCCCCUCCAUAUCAUGUGAUUCAGGUGCUCCAAUCCCCUCCAUAUCAUGUGAUUCAGGUGUUCCAAUCCCCUCCAUAUCAUGUGAUUCAGGUGUUCCAAUCCCCUCCAUAUCA